UUAGAGCAACGUGGCUGCAUCAGAUUUUACAAAUUUACUCCCAUGACACUCAAAAUGCUUCGCCAAGCUAUUCACUUGGAAAUCGAAUUUGUAGGAAGAAGAGCAGGAGCUCACAGCGGAGCUUGGCUCAAUGCGGUGCGAUCACUCGUGACUGUCAGCGCAUCAACGUUUCCCUGAGGUUUGGACCCCAGAUUUGUGAUCCUCAUGAAUGCCGCUGUGGAACCACUGUGGAUUUUUUCAGCCUCCGCCCACUGUUGUGCCGUCAUAGUGCCGGCUGCCUUUCACACCAUGCCACCCCCGACAAAAUCAUAAAGCAUGGCCUAGACGCCGCAGGCUUCCCUUUCCGAACUCGAACCAGCGAGGCUAGACCGAUGGAAACGGUAAAAGGCCUGACGAACAUGUGUGACAUGAAAUGCUAUGCUCUACGGAUUAAACCUGGCCAGGAACUGGUGUCUUCUUUAAAAAAAUUUGUCCACGAAAAGCAGUUAAAAAGUGCCUUCAUUGUAACUGCUGUUGGUAGUUUAACUAAAGCCCGCUUGAGAAUGGCAAACAGUGUGUCGGUGAAUGAUUAUGAAGGUUUUCUUGAAAUCGUAUCUCUAGUUGGAACACUUUCUGAUGAUGGACAUCUUCAUAUGUCUCUCAGCGACACUGAAGGAAAGGUAGUUGGCGGUCAUGUGUUUGGAGAUUUAAUUGUUUACACUACGGUGGAGGUAGUUAUUGGAGAAUGCCAGGGGCUGACGUUCACACGAGAAUUUGAUGAGAAAACAGGAUUCAAAGAAUUGGUUGUCAAAGAUUGCAGGGAAUGAGAACAUUUGGUUGAACUCUACAUCAUCAUCAUCGACAUCACAGUUGAUGAAGACUAGUAUCUUUGAAAAUGAACAACAGUGUGUGUGCAAUGUACAAAGUGUAUGUGUAUGUGAGAGAGAGAGAAAGUAAUAAUUACAUUGUUAAGUAAUUAGUAGUGAAGGCAUGUGGCCUAGUGGUUAGGGUAUUUGGUUCAUGAUUGGAAGAUUGUGAGUUCAAUUCCCGGCAGCGCUAAUGUGUCUCACAUUGCUCCAGUCCACUCAGCUGACAAGAAUGAGUAGUACCUGUAAUUCAAAGGGCCAGCUUUGUCACAUUCUGUGUCAUGCUGAAUCUCCCUGAUAACUAAUUAAGGAUACACAUGUCUGUGGAGUACUCAGCCACUUGCAUAUUAAUUCUACAAGCAGGCUGUUCCAUUUAUCAGAUCACCUGGAACCCUCAUUAUCAUAACCAACAGUUUGUCAAUAAAAUAGUGUUUAACCCUUUAGCAUUCAAAUUAGUCCGUUAAAUGUAAUGCUUAUGUAUUCACAUUGUUUGAAUUAAUCAUGCAUUAUCUUGUAACUUGCAGAUUUCAAUGACGUUUGUAUAUUUUUAGUAUGAUAUUGUAGGAGAAGUGUGAGAAGCCAGAUCUGGCUAGUUUGAACAUAAGACUAGUAGAAUAUUUGGACUGGAUAUGGCCAGUUUAAAAGCUAAAUACCUGUUAGUAUAGUUACUACUCUGAUCUCUUCUUGAGAUUUUACAAAAUGUUAUGGCUGUGUGAUAAGUAGCUUGCUUACCAACCACAUGGUCUCAGGUUCAGUCCCACUGUGUGGCACCUUGGGCAAGUGUCUUCUACUAUAGCCUCGGGCCGACCAAAGCCUUGUGAGUAGAUUUGGUAGACGGAAACUGAAAGAAGCCCGUCGUAUAUAUGUAUAUAUGUGUGUGUGUCUGUGUUUGUCCCCCCAACAUCGCUUGACAACCGAUGGUGGUGUGUUUACGUCCCCCGUAACUUAGCGGUUCGACAAAAGAGACCAAUAGAAUAAGUACUAGGCUUACAAAGAAGAAGUCCUGGGGUCGAUUUGAUUCGACUAAAGGCUGUGCUCCAGCAUGGCCGCAGUCAAAUGACUGAAACAAGUAAAAGAGUAACUGACAUAUCAACACAAUAUUGUUCAUUUCAUAAGGAUGUGUAACAACAGGGAAAGUAGAGAUCAAUAUGUUCAAUAUUCUUUAUCUGUAAACUAUAAUCUUCAUAUUACUAAGGUAAAAAAUAAACAAUUUUUCAUGAAAUUAACAAAUUUCCA